AUGGAGUUGCGGAAAGAAUCGUCUGCCUCUUGCGAAACUGCCUUUCCUGAAGCGCAGAGAUGGGUGGAGGCGGUCACUAAGAAGAAGUUUGGGAGCAGUGACUUCCGCUGUGCACUGGAGAAUGGAGUUCUGCUGUGUGAUCUGAUCAACAAGAUCAAACCUGGUAUUAUCAAAAGGGUUAACAGACUUUCCACACCUAUUGCUGGCCUGGACAACCUGAACGUCUUCCUGAAAGCUUGUUCCAAGCUUGGACUUAAAGAAGCCCAACUCUUCCACCCAGGAGAUUUACAAGACUUAUCCUCGCGAGUGACUGUCAAGCAUCAAGAGACCUGCCGUAGGCUCAAAAAUGUUUUGAUCACUAUAUACUGGCUUGGUAGAAAGGCUGAAUCGGAUCCUUUCUAUAAUGGACCUUACCUAAACCUGAGGGCAUUUGAGGGUUUACUAGACACACCAACAUCUAAGGCACUAGAGGAUCGCACAUUUUCACGUGGAAGCAUCGGAGUCAGUGACUCUGGAGACAGUUGGUACUCUGACAGAGAGGAGCUCUUCACACUACGAGCCGGCCACAGGAGAGACGACUCCCCGGACAGUUUAGACUCGCUAGGGUCCAGGACUCAUAGCACUUCUUCAGACACCACACUCAAAGGAAGCAGUGAGGGUUGUGGCAGUGACCCCGAGGCAGAGCUGGGUUUCAAGAUGACGGACAACAAGGACUCCCUUAGCUACCGGCGCUCGCUGGUCGUCACCCCAAAGACCAACACUCAGUUCAACCAGUUCCUGCCUAGCAAGGACAAGGCCUCUGGCUACGUCCCGGCACCGCUGAGGAAGAAACGAGCCGAGCGCAACGAAGACAACCGACGAAGCCUGUCCAGUUUCACGUACACAGAUGAGGAUGACACAAUCAGCAGUGUUGAUCGGCCGGAUUCGGGACUCUCCCCUGCCGACAGGGUGAACUCCCAGAGUUCACAGCCGGCCGCCCACCUGACCUGGGCGUACGAGUACGAGAGCGGGAGCGACUCAGACAAUGACCACCCGGAUCCCGACCUCGUUCUGGACGACCUCGCUAGCCGUAGAUUUCACAGCCCCACCCCCGUAACACCCACCAACUUUUCCGUACCGAUGAGCCUAAGGGAGGCUUCUGCUAUCCCGCGUGGCACCUGGCCUCAGGUCGCCAUCACUAAAGUGCAGCGGCAGACGCUGACUCACUUCAGCAACGUGCCAUGGCCUCCACAAAGGAAGCCUCCACAGAGGAGGGCCGUAUCUGCGGAGGCCUUUAUCUGUGAUGACUCUGAAGAGGAUGACGAUGAGUUUGGCGAUGCAGACCCUGUCCAGGAUGAUCUUUACACACGCAAGGUGGGCCUAAUACCCCAGCCCUCUUCCAGCGUCCCCUAUGACAAAUUUCUGCCCAAAUUUUGGACACCAGAGGAGGACGCCCAUGUACAGAGGAUCAAACUGGGCUCUCAGCGCCGCCCCUGGUACAGAAAGAUCCAGGGCUUCAGCCAUAAGAAGUCAGGCUCCUCUUCUGACGACUCAGACUGUGAUAUUAGUCCCUGGGUCUCUGCGUCCUCCCCCUCCCUGUCCCAGUCGGAUACCUCACAGUCUCACCCUCACGCAUCCAAAGGCACUACUCAACCCUGCCUCCCCACAACUUCUAGUCCUCACAUGCAGCCACACACAGUUGCUCAGAACAGGGACAAGCCCCUCUGGUUAGAGUGCCCCCCAGAGGGCCGUUUGCCCAGCCCAGACCCCACUGCCGGCCCCAGGCUCGUCAGGUGCGAGAAACGUCCACUUCUGGGGCGGGAACAUCCAAACGAUCCGUACAACGUUCCGGCAGACAUUCUGCCCGACCUGGAGAACGACGACAUGUACGCUCGUCGCACGAACGCCUUCCACCCCAGCACGGACCUGGCUCAGCUGAAAUACGGCGGCUUCUUGACCCCUCGUUACAGAUCAGAGCCCGCCAUAAACAUCGUCAGGCAGUCUCGUCACAACGAAUCCGGUAACCCCGUCUACCCCGACAUCGAGAAAGACGAUGUGGUAUACAGGAAGGUCAAUCCGAAGGAAGCACAGCGCCCCCUGUCUGGAGCCCCUGACACAUACCAUCCCGUUCCCAUACCCCAGCCCUGGGCGCUUCCAUGCAAACUGCAGGCAAAGCUGCUGUGUCCCCCAUGCCCUCCUACCAAAGAGGCAGAACCAGAGAAAAAACACUAUGGGAAGGCAGAGGACCACGCGAAGACGGAUGACAUGUUGCUCAGGAAACUGAGUGCCACGCAUAUCUGCGGAGCAGGGAGCAUUGCCGGGUCAAGCCAGCGUCCAGCUGCUGCCGAGAUGGCUCCCAGUGUGCCUUCUUCGUGUAGCGAAGAGGAUUUGCUCAAGUGGCAAGCCAUCAGAGAGGCCAGCCGCUUAAGACACAAGAAGAGGCUGAUGGUGGAGAGACUACAGCAAAAGGAAUCUGAUAGUGACGGGAGCAAGUCAAUGAGUGAUAUCUCUGUGGAUCCUGCAGUCUCGAAAGAGGUGCGCUAUGAAGAACUGCAGAAAUUGCGCAGCCAGCUGAAAGAGAGCGAAGACAAGUGGCAGGAUGAUCUCACAAAGUGGAAGAACAGACGCAAGAGUGUUAACUCUGAUAUUAUGAAGAAAAAAGAGGAGAGAGAGCAUAUUGAAGUUCUUACCAGUGGCAGCAGUGCCAGAAAAUCCAAAACCUUUAAGGAGAUGCAAGAAGAGAGAGAGAGCCGAGAUAAAGGCAGCUUCAAGAGCCGCUACAGUGCUUUCUCCACCUCCGAAGACCACGAAGAUGUCUUCAGUGAACCAGCAUCCAGGACCAGGGGUCUACCAGCCCGCAGCUACACCAUAGACAGCCCCUAUACGCCCAAUGACAGAUCCACGGUCUCUCCCGUGCCUCCUGUGAAGAAGGAGGAGCCUAAGUCUGGCAGCCUAUCAGAAGACCAAGAGGAUUUUCCAGUUAAAGCUGGCCGUAGCAGCCCACACAGUCCAGUUAAUACGAGUGUCACCACCAGCAAAAGUUUAGACAGCCAGACCAGCGACACUACUGUCAUCAGCAGUCGUACCCAGGGUGGCAGCUCAUUCAAGACCAGUGUCACCAGCAGGAGUAGUCUAGAUGAGCCCACCAGCACCAGUAAACCAAUGGAGAACUCCGCCAGCUACAGCAGCACUGUGUCUGAGUCCAAGCGUCCCUCUGGGUGGCUAAUUGACGACCAGAGCCAGGGUUCUUUCCACAAGCAUAAUUCAGUGGAGGCGAUGCAACCUAGCACGGCUCGGGUUUCUGCCUCCCUCCCCAGGACCUUCCAGAGAACAGAGAGUGGCCGGCUCCCCACCGUAGUCAUGCCCAAGCCCUUUGGUACUCAGUCCACACGGGUGUCUUCCUUGCCCAGAGCCUUCAUGAUGGAGGACAAGCGCCUCAACGGCGAUCCGGAGAGCUCGAGGAAAACAACGAUUCCAAGCCGCUACGCCCAGUUCGUGACAGAAGACGAGGCUCGCUCCUACUCUGGCUCGGCGCAGAGCAGUAAUGAAGACGAGGACGAUGAGGAAGAUGCGACCGAGGUGUCAAACAUACAAAACCCCUAUCUAGUCCCCAGGGCCAGUAGUGUGUCCCCCCAGCCCAAACCUGCCUCCCCACUUGGCCAUGUCAGUGACACAAAGCAGGAAGAUUACAGUGACAUGCGGAUCAGUUUAAAUCAGAAACCCAACAGCAGUCGAGACUUUGGCUUCCAGACCGACUGGGAUUCCACAGGAGUCCGUGUCAAAUCCAUACAACAAGGCAGUCCAGCAGAGAUGUACCAGAUGCGGGUGGGCGAUGAGGUUUUAAGUGUGAAUGGGCACAGGGUGGCAGACAUGAGCUAUGCACAGUGGAAGAACAGCAUGAAGGAGGCUCUGGAGCAGGGCAGUCUGAUCAUGGACGUUCGCAGGCACGGCGUGAACAACUGGGGCAGAGACCUACCUUCCCUACCAUUUAAAAGCCAUAAGACCAUCAAUUUGACCAGUAUGGAUCCCUUAGGUUCUCCUGAGCCAUUCUUCAAUACCAACCUGGACUUCACCUCCAACACGGGCCUGAGUACUACAAUGAAAACCGUGGACACCAGCUCCAAGCCUGUUAAUAAUCUGGGCUCUAAUGGCAUGAAUGGUGGUUACCAUCACGAACCUGUGACUAUGAGGAAUAAAGCAUCAGAAUCCAUUUCUUUGAGAAACUUAAAAAGGCGAUCAGAGUUUUUUGAACAAGGCUCAGCAGGGUCAAUUACGAUCAAUUCGCUGGUCUACCUUUGUGGCGGCUCUGAAACUCCACUAUUAGAUGUUCCAGUCCCCUCCCUCUCGUCCUCCUCCAACCGCUGGUCCUGGGACGUAGAGCAGGAGCGCAUAAGACAAGAGAAAUGGCAGAAAGAGCAAGAGCGUUUGCUACAGGAGAAGUACAAGCGAGAUCAGGAGAAAUUAGAGGAAGAGUUUAAGAGAGACCAGCAGGCGGCAGCACAGGAGAAUUUUAAGUAUCGCAGUGAGGAGAAGAAGACCCUGGAACUGGACAGUCGUAGCAUCAGCCCUCACUCUCCUCUGUCUCCCUUGAGUGAACCCACACCUCCCUGGGAGGACCACGAACAGGAGAUGGCCAGACUCGCUCAGCAGCAGGAAGAGGAGAUGAGGAGGAAAGAGGAGGAGAAACAGCGUCUGGAAGAAGAGAGGAGAAAGAGGGAAGAGGAGGAACACAAACGUCAGGAGGAGGAGAGGAGAAGGAGAGAGGAGGAGAGACUGCGUCUGGAAGAAGAGAGGAGAAUGAGAGAGGAGCUGGAGCGCCUGGAAGAGGAAAGGAGACAGAGGGAGGAGGAGGAGGAGCGCAAGCGUCAGGAGGAGAUGAGGAGGAGGAGAGAGGAGGAAGCAGAGAGACUGCAAAGGAAAAAAGAGGAGGAGGAGCGGAGACAACAGGAAGAGUGGGAAAGAGAACAGCAACAAAGGAGCUACAAUCACAUGGACUCCUAUGAGUAUGUCAGCAUGAAUCCAGAUCUGUCAUACUCACACAGGGUUAUGUCCAAAUCCACCCCAGAGCUUGACGAGGCUGAGAAAGCAGACCAUAAAGGGGCGCACAGCAGACACAGGGGUAUGGCAGACUGGCUCCUGGAGGAGGAGCUGAAGAGGAAGAGAAACCGCGAGAUCCUGAGGCAGCAGGCUGCGUCGGAGCUCGAGGCAGAGAGGAGGAACAUCCUCCAUGCCAUGAAAUAUAGAGACCCAGAGAGAGUAGUGACUGGUGGUCUGAAGGAUGCCUCUCAAAAGAAAAACCAACCGCUGUCUCAGGCCGAGCUGGAAAGGCAGCAGAUCAUACAGGAGAUGAAGAAGAAGACGUCUCUGCAUAAAGACAGCAGCUGGAUCCGUCAGCCCAGUCCCAGCAGUGUUACCAGCAAGAAGCCUGUCAGCCUGAUCGAGCCCCUUCGAAGAGGUGAGUCUCUGGACAACCUUGACUCGACGCGCCAUUCCUCCUGGAGGUCAUCGUGGACUCCAGGGAGCACCUCCUCUAUCCCGGACUACAGCCGGCCACACUCCGCACUCUCCAGUUCUACGUCAUACAGGGGCAGCCGCCCAGGGUCCGCCACCCUGCCGGCCUCACAGUCCAUGAGCUCCCUUAGGCAGUACCCAUCCAGCCCCACCACCCCAAACCCACAGUAUCCCCUCAGCAAAGAGGCAGGCCUGUCUGACCCUCAUCAGUCCUCACAGCGCAACAGGUCAGUCAGUGGCAGGAAAAUCUGUACAUACUGUGAUUCACCACUGGGCAAAGGAGCGGCCAUGAUCAUCGAGUCCCUGGGACUCUGUUAUCAUUUGCAUUGCUUUAAGUGCGUUGAGUGCAGAUCUGACCUCGGAGGGUCAGAAGCUGGGGCGGAAGUCAGAAUACGAAACAGACAGCUCUACUGUAACUCCUGCUAUAUUCGAUGCAAAGCUGGCCAGCCCACCUCCAUGUGAACUCAGUGUGUUACAGCAGAUUAAGGAAGAAAAUCCAAUGGACAAAGAACCGUAAACACUCCGAUAAUGGCCAACCACAUUUGUUGUGAACUCUGGGUGAUUUUGCCAGCCUUGAUUAUUCAAUGACCUUUUAUUCUUCCUUUUUACUUGAGUGAGGGUGAGAUCAAUAAGGUAAUUUGUUUAUAUGAAAGUAUUAUUAAUUGCUUGUACAGAGUAUAAGGGAUAUGCAUGUACCUACAAGUUAGUAAAAUGUUGCAAAAAAAAAAAAAAUUUCAAGCGGUUUUUAUUCUUCCUCUGUAAUGAAAAAAUCUUGAUUUUGGCGGUUUAGACAGAUAUGUGGUGCGUCUUGAAAGUGUUCAUAGUAGACUGAUAGAAGUGUCUGUUUAACUAAGUGUCUGCUCCAGUCUUUUGCUAUGAACUGGUUUGUUGUCAAAGAUGUGUCAUUUUACUUUAUCAUUGUGCCUUUUUGUUUGUGAUGGGGAAAUGAUUGAGGAGAUAUACAUUUAAACAUAUAUUUAAAAUUGGCAUGGUUGGUAGGAAGCACUUAAGAACUCUUUUUCUUACUAAUAGAAUUCAUUUUAUGCAUCUGAGCAAUAAAGAUUUCUGCUGAAGAGAAAGAAAUUCUGUAUGGUUAUGGAACAAAGCUAACUGUGUUCAACAAUGUUUGUAAAUAAAAAGAC